GUGAUGCUCUGAGGCAAUCAAACAACACUGUCGACCUCCAUUACCUUACCCCCCCUGAACGCACCAACACCUGCUCCGCUGCCGCCUCCUCUCAGACAGGGACCGCAGCCACUAGUUGAUCCCAUUCCAGGAUGUUUCUGAAUUUCCGCCGUGUUCGAAAAUGCCAGUUGGUGCAGGCGAUGACCACCUGCCUUGUGCUCUCUGUGGUGAUGGUCUGCUGGCAGCAGCUGGACAACAGCGUCGUCAGCCACGUCAAAUCCUAUUCCUAUCGCUACCUGAUCAACCGGUUCACCUACAUCAACGAGAGCCUCACCAUCCCCCGAAAGCAAGCCAGAACGUUCAGCAACUUCCACUACCUUAUGGACCACCCCAAUAAAUGCGUUGGGAAAGAUGUUCUUCUCCUCCUCUUUGUCAAAACGUCGCCAGAGAACAUUGAAAGGCGAACGGCCAUCAGGUCCACCUGGGGGAACGAGACCUACAUCCAAAAUACCCUGGGGGUGACGGUCAAGGUGGUGUUCGUCCUGGGAGCAGUUCAGACCAAGGAGAUGGAGCCUCUGUGGAGUAAGAAGAGUGCCGUUGGUUUUCAGGAUCAGCUCAUCCAGGAGAAUCGUCUCCAUGGCGACUUGAUCCAGCAAGACUUUCUAGACUCCUUCCACAACCUGACCCUGAAGCUGAUCAUGCAGUUCCACUGGAUGCACAGCCGCUGCCCACACGCCCGCUUCCUCAUGACCGCCGACGACGACAUCUUCGUCCACAUGCCCAACCUGGUGAGCUACCUGCAGGACGUGAGCAGCAGAGGUGUUAAAGACUUCUGGGUCGGUCGGGUGCACAGAGGUGCGCCGCCCAUCCGCGACAAGGAGAGCAAAUACUACGUUUCCUAUGAGAUGUACCCCUGGGUGACCUACCCGGACUACACAGCUGGGGCUGCGUAUGUUGUCUCCAGUGACGUCGCAGAGAAAAUCUACCACGCCACGCUGACCCUGAACGCAUCCAUUUACAUAGACGAUGUGUUCAUGGGCAUCUGCGCCAACACCGUGGGUGUGUCACCACAGGAGCACACUUAUUUCUCAGGAGAGGGCAAGGCGCCGUAUCACCCAUGUAUCUAUGCAAAGAUGAUGACAUCACAUGGACACAUAGAAGACAUUCACGACGUUUGGAAGGCAGCAACGCACCCUCAGGUGAAGCAGCAGGUCUCCGGAUUCUUAGGGGAUCUGUACUGCACCGCUGUGAAAGUGGCUCUGCUUUGUAAACCCUACUAUUUCAACACCUACCCCUGCAAAGCAGCCUUUUCCUAG